AUGUAUCUUUCGUAUGCAUCUGCUGUUGGACAGCAGAAGAGCAAGGGAAACAACUACACUCAAGCCAAGGUCGACGUGGCGAUACUGGGUAUCGUCACGGUCGAACAAAAACGCAAGGGACCAGUAGGCGCGGGGCGCUCUACUGGCAAUGUAGUCACGCGUGUCUACAACGGACACGCGGUAUUGAGGACUGCAGCCCCCCGUGAGAGGGAAUCUCACUGCGACGUACAAGAUGGCAUGCCAAACCUUGUCAUCUUGAAGGUGAAGUCGAUGACGAAGAGAGCGGACUCUCUUCGGGUGUUGCUUGACUCGAGCGCGUCGAACAAAUUUGUUCGACAGCAAAGUUUGCCGCUGUUGGACUUUGAGGAGAAGCAUGUGCCUCGAAGUCAGUUGGAAGAGCGAUUAGCAACGGGUGCCAUCGUAAAGACCGAGAAGCGCGUUAUUCCCGCACGCUUCUCGUACAAACACCGGGUGUUUGUAGAAGAACUUCUCGUCCUGGACUUGGACGACAAGUUCGACAUGGUGUUGGGCAUGCCAUGGCUUACACGGUAUGAUCCUACAAUCGACUGGGAGAAGCGUACGGUCGUAUGCUUCGGACACCGCGGCGCAACGGAGAGCGAUGACCCUGUUAGCGCAGCGGAUACACCAAAUGGUGCAUCCGAAUCUCCUUCAGAGACCGUGGCUCACGCCGCUGUCUCUGGUCGCAGCGCGAAGAGCGCGCGAGCUGUAACGUCUCCGGGAGUCGUUGACAGUAAAAUAGUGUCUGGUCAGGGACCAGACACUUCCAGAAUGUUCUCCGCCGUAAGGCGUCGAGGAGAUAACAGCGUGUCGACUCCGGGAGUUGAUACGCGCUCGAUAUCAGAAUCGAGAAAGUUCUCCGCC